AUGCACGGACCGAGAAGGUGGUUUCGGCUUUCAAAUAUUUGGGAGUUGUUCUUCCGACUGAACAACUACCAUCAGACUGGAAUCAGUCUCUCCCGUGUCCACUUCCGUACCGACGCAUCCCAAUGGAGAUCAACACGAUUCGGAUGCCAACGACGUAAAGGUGCGGGUCACUGGAUUCACGUCGGCGAGAUGGACCCGCAAGCUGGCCGUUUAGGUCUGCUCGGAGCUUUGCCGCUGGAUCUGCUGGUGCCCAUCCUCUCGCACCUGCGGCAUCGGGUGCGCGACCUAGCAGCAUGCGCGCUCGUAUGUCGCCUCUUUGGUCAGAUUGCCACACCGCUGUUGUACGAGCGUCUCUUUUUGCGCGACCAAACACGCCUCAAGUUGGUUUUCGCCUGCCUGGGAAGCAAUAAGGAUCUUUGUCGGCUGGUCAAAGUCGUCGAGUUGCGGGUGUUUCCAUUCGGUCUCGAUGCGGAACGGCUAGAAAGACUCGAGAUUGAUAUCGAAGCGAUGUUUCGGAACGCAAUCAACCUGGAAGAGCUGGUCUGGACACGAGCCGGAAGCCUCAACGAUCGACUAUUACCGACGCUGCUCAGCGGGUCGCGGAAGUUGCGAAAACUCGAGCUAGCAGGUGAUGCGCGAUUAUGGACAACAUCGACGCUCUCCAGGUAUAUCCCACUCAGCGUGCAAGGUCUCAGCCUGAUCCUUCCGGAGAAGGCGACGUUGAGGGGAUUGGUCGAUAUAGCUGCUAAGCUUUUGGAAGGCUCUGCAGACGCAAAGAUGCUUGCGUCUCGUUUGGAUACGCUGCACAUGGACGAUGACGAUCUGAAAGAAGAGACGGGUCUUCGGAGCCUGAGCAUACUGUGUCAGCAUUCGCCACAUCUAACCGAUGCGAUAUUGAUGGCUUUAGCUCCGCACCUCAAGCGACUACGGCGGCUUUCGCUGGCCGGCUGCCGAGCAGUGACGGGGCGUGGCAUCGAGUCCAUCCUUCGUUGUGCAUCGGAAGGCGGGCAUGGCGUCAAUGACCUUGCGAUGGAGGGUCUCAAUAUCCAGGCGCAUGACGUGGCUCUCUUGCACCCCUUUGCGUCGUCGUUACGGCUGCUUUCGUUGACUUACCCUAGGUCGGCCUCGUCCUCGGGAUCGCGAUCGCUACCCGCGUCUUCGAUAAGCGACUUUUAUGCCAAUUUUGCCAAGCUUAUCGAGAUGGCCGGGGACCUGGAAGAGCUGACGCACUAUGCCGGCUCUGGCUCAAGGCCGGCGAUGGACGGCGGUCAUGAGGGCGACGACGAUGGUCUCGUGGACCUGGACGAAUUGGAUGAUGACGAGUCUGACUACGACGAAGCGGGAGAAUACGUGCAGGCAGUGCGCACCGAUGCGAACGGGAAUGACAAUGCCGCGCGGGUCUCCAGUGACUGGAUCCGGCGCUUCUCUGGACCGCCACCGGAAGGAAGUGUGCGAUACGGGCAACCAAGGACGUCUUUGCCUCCGAGCAAUCUGCCACUGUUGCCGACUGCGUUCCUGUCGCGACUUGUCUCGAGUCGAGGCAGUCAGCUAACAAAGCUGCGACUACACGGCAUUGGACUGUCGCUCGAUCAGCUUGGUGUGAUCACGCAGCAUUGUCGUAACGUGCGGGAUCUAGUGAUUCAGAUCUGGGAGGACGACCUGCCCAGACUGGCCGCUCUGCUGUGCCAAAUGCCUCGCUUGGAGACGCUGCACAUCCUGGCAUCGGCAUCAUCCGAAACAAACUUGGGAGAAAGGGAGAUUCAGUGGAUCGCGCAGGUCUGCACCGAUGCCAAUCGAGAACGCCGAGUCCAGCGUCACGCGCAGCACCUUAAAGGUGUGCCUAGCGGGAAGCUGGUGCAAGAAGGGACUGGUCUGCAUCAGAUCGGGUUCCGGAAUCGUGUCUGGCUAGUGGAACGUGCAUUCGGCGCGGCGGAAGGUCCGGCACAAGAUAUACAGCCCGGUCCGACUCCAACAAAUGUGAGUCGCAAUGGUCUCGCCACGGGACAGUCGCCCGACAACGAGGAGCCGAUCCGAGUGACACUCAAGAGGUGGGAUCCUGCCGCAGGCACGUUUCCUGAAGUGCUGCUGGUGGUCAAAUCGUGA